UCGCGCUGGGAUCUUCCAACUUUCAUCUCAUUAAUCUUGAUAAGUCCUAUGAAGAAGCGAGGAGUUAUUGUAGAGAGAGAAACGCAGACUUAGCAACAAUUCACAACUCCACAGAUAUGAACAGUCUGAUCCUUUUAGUUUCAAACUCGACUCCUAGAGCUUGGAUAGGACUGGAGAUUGGAAGCGUUAGGAAGUGGCACUGGUCCCUGCCUAAUCAAAAAACUGACUUUUUAAACUGGAAAGUGGGAGAACCAAAGGACGAAGAUAAGGAUGCAUGCGCAGCAAUGGAUCCAGAUGGCAAGUGGUUUGAAGAUGACUGUGGAACUACAAGAAGCUUUGUUUGUCAUGGUGGCGUUGGUGCCAGCGGUCCCAUCUUUGUUAAUGAGACAAAAUCAUGGAGGGAUGCACAGAGUCACUGCAGGGGCUUGUCAUCUGAUCUGGUUAGCAUACAGUCAGCAGAGGAGAAUAUGGCAGUGCGUAAUGUGUCUGCAUCACAAAAUGUGUCAAUAGGUCUCUUCAAAGACCCUUGGAAAUGGUCAGAUGGGAGUAACUCAUCAUUCCGCUUCUGGAGACGCAAUCAGCCCAAUUACAACAACAUGAAUCAGGAUUGUGUUGCUGCUGUAUUUAAUGCUGAAGGGCAGUGGAAUGACUUGAAAUGCAGUGGAAAACGCAAUUUCAUUUGUCGUGGGGCACUGAAAUCCAUCCCAGCAACAACCACCACUCAAAACAGCAUACAGGGGGGCAGUACAACAAAUCAAGAGCCAACCAAUUCGAGUCAAGGAGUCACGGUAACGUUUCAUUUCACCGUUACCACGAACAAUCAAUCGAACACUACUAAUGUUACAACCACAGCUUCAACAAUUGCCAGUGUAUCGACAACAUCAAACACCACAGAAUCAGUGUCACAUGGCUCAGGCACUGAGCUCAACACCAUAACUACAGAAACAACAGCACAGCCACCCCCAGAGACUACUGUGAAUGCAACCGCAUUAGCAGCACCGAAUGGAACAUCAGCCCAGAACACAACACAGUCCUCAACUCCAAGUUUGCAUCCAGAAACCCUUGUACUAAUCCAGGAAAACAUGACCUGGCUUGAAGCCAUGAGUUACUGCAGAGAGCAUCAUAUUGACCUCGUCCAUAUCACCACCGAAGACAUUCAGCACAAAGCGGCAGAAAAGGCAAAGAACGCCACAACGGGCCGCGUUUGGUUGGGUCUACGCUACACUUGUAACUUUAAAUUUUGGUUCUGGACCAAGUCGACUUUGGGUUGUUACCAGAACUGGGUAGAAGGAGAGGGACCAGAUGUGGAAUAUGAAUGUGGUGUCAGUGGCGCCAUUGAAGCCACUGGGAGGCAGCAGUGGGUAGGCUUGAAUGAGACAGAAGAACUGAACUUUAUCUGCUACACAUGCGCUGGAUAAGAAUGGCAGGCCAGUGACACUUGAGAUGACAGACACUGGAGGAUUUCGUCAUGUGUGUGAAAACAUAAUGUAAAAAAAUAAAUAUGUGUGUUUGUAGUGCUUGAUCUAACAUGCAGAAGCCAUGCUUUUGUCAUUUCUAACAUCAAACCAGUGAGGUUUCAUGAACAUCAUGGCUGCUUCACGCUAACGCAUGACAUCAUACUUCCACCUUUGUUGGAAUGCAGCUGCCUUCUCUAUUGUCGAGACUGAAUUUCAUUGAAUAUGAAAACGUGAUGUGGCGUGUAGGCGUGCACAUUCACAGACAUGGGAAGCGAGAGUAAUGUGAGAAAAUUGAUCUGCUCUGUGCUUUUCACUCGGGGGGUUACUAUUUGCAUAUUGACCCCCUGGACUGGGGGCCCCAAGAUUGUCCUUUUUUUAGACCACCAUGCCCAGUUCGGGCCCCGGUGCAGACUGCCUACUGCCCCCGCUGACCUGACCUUCACUAGCAGCCACAGACACAGCUAACAGACCCUCACCUUCCUGUCUGCACACUUGAGGUGCAUGGAGCAUCUAAAAACCAUGAGAGAGAAAACAUUAUGAAGUAUUUUAAUAUUGAAAAUUGUAUCUAUACAACAAUCUGUCAAGCAUUUGUCUCAACAACUUGUUUCAAGUGAUAAUUAUUGACAUUUUAUCAGAGCUUGUACAUGUCUGCUGGGUUUUUUGUCCUCCCAAUGCAAUUUUUUGGAACUUCUAUGAAUAAAAUAUGCCUCCAUAUACAUGUAAUAACACUGUUUAACUGUCAGUUGGCACAUGCUAGAUUCAUUUACAUGUCAUAUGGAGGUUAACAUACAGUCAGCAAUAAAAUGUUUUGGACAACAACAACCAGUCAACUAAUUUUUCACAACACUAGAAAAACUAAAAAACACUCAAGAAACUGUGGUGCAAAUAUUACCAGAAGUAUCAAAAAUAGGAAAAAUAUAAACAUUAAGACAGAAAUUUGUCUAUAUACUUGUGCUGAGUCCAGAGAUAAAAAUAAGAAUGUAAACCCUUAGACGGUCUAAAGUGUGUGUGUGUGCAUGAAAUGUGUUACAGAUAUGAAUUUUGUGCAAUUGUUUUAGCAGUUUAUAUUGAGUGUAGGAGCCUGACAGCCUUGUGGCAAAAGCUGUCUUUUUAAAAAAUGAUCCUAAAGUAGUGUGACAAAUAAUAAAACACAGGAUUUCUAUUGUGCACAGUGCUUUUGGUUAUCAUUUGUAGCAAGAAGGAAAUGAUGAUACUGGUUGUAUGCUGAGGUUUCCACACACCGAUGAUAAAAUUAAAUGUGUGCAUCCAAAUAAUAAAUAUCAACAGUUUAUGAAAAGAGAGCACAUUCACAAGUCGGGUUUAACCCUUAGAUGCAUAAGUGGGUCAAAAACGACCCGAUGAGGUCCUACUCCUGCAAUAUCUUUGGAAUGAAAAGUUUUGAUCUUUUCAUGUUCCGGCUAUUCCUCAAAAAAUCUGUUUUUGAUAUCAUUACAUUUAAAUGUUUAAGUCACCUUUCAUACUUUUAAAGAAAUUGUAAUAUUUGUAUGACUACCUCAAGCUCUUUAUCACUGAUAAUAUCAUAUAGCGCACAAACUUGGAUGAA